UCAAGAGAGCCAACAGGACGCUUGAACAAUAGCCCCUCUAGUGUGUAUCAGAAAAUCCGUAUAAACUGAUACGUUUGAAACAUUCAGCCACAAACUAUAGUGGAUACUUAUUUUUGGAUUAUUAUUUGUAGAUUCGUGCAGGCCCGGUGGUCGAAAGCCACACUAUUUACAUCUCGAUUGGUUUUCCUACUGUCAGCUGCUUUCCUAUGCAUCUGCGAUCGACAGCAGACGGAACGAACUAGCAAGCUCCAUUUCCGUGGUAAACUAAGCUUUUUCGUGGCAAGGUGUGUCCACAUAGCAUGCCCAUGAGUCAUGACAGCAAAUGGGGAAGUUCCUAGAAGGCGUUAACUUUACUCAAGACCUUCUAACCAGAGUACAACGAUGAUCAGACUCAACAACCAGGUGUAAAAUCAUCCUAGGUUGUCUCCCCAGCAGUGAUGCUGGUGGCGUAGGCUCAGGGUGUGUCUCAUCUCCCAUGGCUGUUACCAUCAUGGACCCAGAGUCAGCCUGCACGUCACAGCCCCAGGGGUCCCUGGUUAAAGGAGGGGGCUCCCUGCUAUCUGGCAGGGGUUUGGGCGCUGCGCUCGGCCCUCGGGGGAAGCACUACGUGUGUGGCUCCAUAGCUGCCUUCACCAACAUCGUGGUGACCUUCCCCAUCCAGAAGGUUCUGUUCAGACAGCAGCUUCACGGUGUGCGGGCCAGAGAGGCCGUCAGACAACUCCAACGGGACGGGAUGAGGAAACUCUACAGGGGGCUGCUCCCUCCUCUUCUCCAGAAGACCACCACUGUAGCCAUCAUGUUCGGCUUGUACGAGGACUUCUCCCGGGUCUUACUGGACCAGGUGCCCACCGGCAGCGGCAUUCCCGAGUUGGUGACGCGGAGCUUUGCGGCGGCGCUGGCGGGCACGGCAGAGGCUGUGCUGACUCCGUUUGAGCGUGUGCAGACUCUCCUCCAGGACCACCGGCACCACGGCCGCUUCCAAAACACACCCCACACCUUCCGGACACUCCUGAGCGAGUACGGUGUGAAGGAGUGCUACCGCGGCCUGGUGCCGGUCUUAAUAAGGAAUGGGCCCAGUAAUGUGCUGUUCUUCGGCCUCCGCGGGCCCAUCAAGGAGCAGCUCCCUGAGGCCUCCAGCCGGGCUGGCCACCUGGUCAAUGAUUUUGUGUGUGGAGGGAUGCUGGGGGCGGCGCUGGGGAUCAUGUUCUACCCGCUGAAUGUGGUGAAGUCGCGGGCCCAGUCCCAGGUGGGGGGUGCUUUCCGCCCCUGUGGGGAGGUGUUGAUGACGGUGUGGAGGGAGAGGGGCGGCAGCGUGGCCAUGCUGUUCCGAGGGGCGCACCUCAACUACCACCGCUCCCUUCUCUCCUGGGGCAUCAUCAACGCAACAUACGAGCUUCUGCUCAGUGUUCUGAUACUGAAAGAGUCAUAGAAAGUGAGGGGGGCUAGAAAGUGAGGGGGACUAGAAAGUGAG